AUGAAGUCGAAAACAAUUGAUUCGUUUUUUAAAAAGAAAAGUACAGAGACUACACAAUCACCUUCAGAAGCGUCACAAAUUGAGGUACCACAUUCAUCGUUUGUUCCUUUAAACCCUGAUGCUCGUCCUUCUAAAAUUCCUAGAGUUGAAGAUGAGGCACUUGAUUUGUCUAACUUAGAACGUGAACUUGGAUUACGGUGUGCUUUUAGAGGUCAUGAUGAAAGCUCAGGAUCAAAAAAUUGUGGGAACUUUCUUGAAUUUUUAUCACUAUUAGCAUCGUAUUGUGGGAAAGUUGAAGAUAUUUUGAAAAGUGCUCCAAAAAAUGCUAGUUAUACUUCUUCAACAAUACAAAAAGAGAUAUUGCAAAUUUAUGCCAAUAGAGUUCGUAAUGUAAUUCGUGAAGAAAUUGGUGACAGAAAGUUCAGCAUUAUUAUGGAUGAAGCAAGAGACAAGUCAAAAAAAGAGCAAAUGACAAUUAUUUUGAAAUUUGCUGAUAAACAAAGACAGGUAAAAGAACAAUUUUUUGAUAUAGUCCAUGUUAAAUAUAUUGCAUCAUUGACUUUGAAGAAUUUAGCAUUGGUUGCAACAGCUAGAGAAGUGGUUGAAGUGCAUCAAUUCUUUAAAGACUUGUCUGAUAUUAUUAAUAUUGCUUCGGCUUCUUCCAAACGACACGAUGAAUUACAAAAAGCCCAAGCAGUUGAAAUAACUCGUUUGGUAUCCAUCAAUGAGUUAGCAACUGGAACAAGAAUGAAUCAAAUUGGCACUUUACAACGUCCUGGUGAGACUCGAUGGAGUUCCCAUUUAAAUUUAGUUACUAGUUUACUGAAGAUGUACAAUGCUACUAGCACAAUUCUUGAAAAUCUAAAAAAUACCGCUUCUAACUAUUCUCAGCGAGGAGGUGUUCAUAAAACAUAUAAUAGAUUAAGAUAUUUUGAGUUUAUUUUUAUUUUGCAUAUGAUGAAGGAAGUUUUAGGGAUUACUGAUAACCUUUGUCAAGCUCUGCAACGUCCUUCUCAAGAUAUAUUAAAUGCCAUGAGUUUAGUUUUGACAACGAAAGGUUUAAUACAAAAUUUAAAAGAUGAUGGAUGGAAUGAAUUGGUGAAAAAUGUAAUAUAUUUUUGUGAAACUUGGGAGUUGGAUUUUCCAGAUAUGAAUGUUCAAUACAUUGUGGGUUGUAGUUAUAACAAGAAGGAAGAUGUUACAGUGGAGCAUCAUUAUCAAGUGGAUAUAUUUUUUGCUACAAUAGAUACUCAGUUGCAAGAAUUGAAAAGCAGGUUUUACGAAAAUGUUGCCGAGCUUCUCACUUUUACUACAGCUUUAGAUCAUAAGGAGCUUUUCAAGUUAUUUGAUAUUAAUAAAAUUUGCAUUCUUGUAAACAAGUUCUAUCUAGAAGAUUUUUCUCAACAAGAGAAAGAAUGUCUCCCAUAUGAGUUGAAGCAUUAUGAACUUGAUGUAUGUAAGCAUCCUAAUAUGAGAAAAAUAUCAACACUUUCUGAACUUUGCAAAAGCUUAGUUGAAAAUGGAAAGUCAGUCAUGUACCCACUCGUUGACAGAUUGAUUUGUCUUAUAUUGACUCUUCCAGUUUCAACAGCAACCUCAAGAUGGAAAAUGAUUUUUUAA